CUCUCCCAGACUCUCUCUCUGAAGUCUCCUUCAGUCACAUUUGUACUUACUUGGGUAGGGAUUGACAACAAUAUGAUCAAUCUUGGGAUGGUUUAACAGAGCGAAAGCAGGAAAACGACUACUACUGGACUGGUUUAUCUGUGAUUAAGCUUUUCCCAACACAGUUACAGUUUAGAUGUUGAACGAACCCCCCGCUGAAGCAAAGGAUGCGUUCCGGUGAAGAUACCGGAAAUAUCCCCCAAUGAUACCUACAAUUGUAAGCAGCUUGAUCUAUAUAAAGGCAAGGAGACUCAUGGAUCUAUUCCCUCCAAAGUUGAGGACUGUGUGGAAGGAUUGGGAGCUGCGAGUUCUGGUUUUACUAAGCCUCACAUUGCAAACAAUACUCAUCAUUUUGGGCAAUCGCAGAAAGUACACAAGCAGAAUUUGGAUCAGAACUGUCCUAUGGUUUGCCUAUUUGACAGCUGACUGGGUAGCAACUGUUGCCUUAGGUGUAAUUUUAAACAACCUUGGGAAUGUCAUGGAAAGUAUUGGCAAAGAUGGAUCUCUCAGUGAGAGCAUUCAGCUAACUGCAUUUUGGGCACCAUUUCUUCUGAUACACUUGGGUGGCCCUGAUAACAUUACAGCUUAUGCCUUGGAAGAUAAUGAGCUUUGGUUAAGGCACUUGCUUGGUCUAGGCGUUCAAACAGGGAUAGCACUUUACAUUUUCCUUGUAGCCUGGACUGGUUCUCACCUAUCCGUUCUGUCCAUUCUAAUAUUUUGUGCAGGAAUUAUCAAAUAUGGGGAAAGGACAUGGGUUCUUAGGUCAGCAAGCCAUGAGCAAUUAAGAGAAUCCAUGCCCAUUCCUCCUAAACCGGAUCCCAAUUAUUCCAAGUACAUGAGGAAAUAUGCAUUAAAGAAUUCUGAGGGAUUCCAUAUGAAAUUAAGUCAUGUGAUCGAGGCUCAGGGGGUGCAUAUCCCUGUGGUUGAGAAUAACUCCAUUCCUGAUGCAAUUGAAUUGGUUAAAGCAUAUGACUUAUUCCAAAUUUUCAAGCGCCUUCUUGUUGAUCUAAUCCUCAGCUUUGAUGAUAGGGAAAAAAGCCAACAUCUAUUCGAAGAAAUUUCUAUGGAGUCAGCAUUUAAAGUGGUAGAGAUGGAACUUGGCUUAAUGCAUGACAUGCUCUACACCAAGACCACGAUCAUACAUUCAUUCAUAGGCUGUGGUAUGCGCAUACUCAGUUUCUCUUUCACCGUUAUUUCAUUGGCAGUCUUCUCAGUCAUCAAUGUGCAUAAGCACUCAAAUAUUGAUCUAAUCUUAACUUUCCUAUUGCUGUCUGUUGCUAUACUGUUAGAAAUAUAUUCAUGUCUCUUACUGCUCUCCUCAGACACGACUGAUAUAUGGUUGAGUAGAUGUGCAACCACUUCAGUCCCUCGUGCCAUUAUCCAUAAAGCCAUUACUUGUUUACAAUUACCUAAACAGCCUAGGUGGUCAAAUUCCAUGUCACAAUUCAAUCUAAGGAGCUUUUCUCUCAAGGAUAAGCCCACAGUCUUUUAUGGAAUUAUGAAGUGCCUUCACUUUGAUAAAGUCCUAGAAAAAAAUUGGUACACAACCCAUAAGAUAGUCCCCUUUGAUUUGAAAAUAUUGAUAUUCAACCAUCUCCAAAAGAGUUUCGAACAUCCUGAAGAAGAAUCAGAUUAUGCAAGUAAUAUCAAAACUCUGUGUUCCUUCAGAGCAGGUCAAGUACUUAAAGAGCAUGAUGAACUGAUUUGGAGUGUUGAAGUAGAGUUCGACCAAAGCAUUCUUCUCUGGCACAUUGCUACAGAUAUCUGUAGCCAAUCAGAUGUUGAUCCGAUUCAGAUCUAUCCAACCACCUUUAUGCCACUAAUUGAAUCGAGCAUGUUGGUAUCACAGUAUAUGCUGUAUCUCCUAGUCAUGUAUCCUUCCAUGUUGCCAAUGGGAAUUGGAACGAUUAGGUUUCAAGAUACUUGCGCUGAGAUCACACAUUUUUUUGAAGCCCACAAGCCCACAAAAGACAAAUCCGACAGUGAUAAAUUUCUGAACACCUACUCAUGGGAUAUGGGUUGCAUCCUAACAGGAAAAUCUACAUUAGAUAAAUCACUUGCGUGGAAAGAGCUGUUUGAUAUGAUCGCUCAAGUUCCACCAUCUGAAGUGGACAGGGAGAGAAGCAAAUCCGUGUUAUUUGAUGCAUGUAGGCUUGCAUCCAAGUUGCAAGAUAUAUCUGAUAUGGAACAGAAAUGGGAGAUGAUUAGUAACGUAUGGUUGGAGAUGCUUGCUUAUGCAGCCUGCCAUUGCAGAGGAAAUCAUCAUGCUCAGCAGCUGAGACGGGGUGGAGAACUUCUCACCCAUGUUUGGCUCCUGAUGGCACAUUUUGGUAUAAAUGAACAAUUCCAAAUACCAAAGGGUGCAAGAGCCAAGCUAGUCGCAAAAUAGCAUGUGGUAGCACAUGAAAGUAGCGUGCAGCGUUAAAAUUUGCUUUUGUUAGUUGUUCUGGUUUGUUUCCGUAUUCACUCUUUCCCUCUAAAUGUAGGCGAUUGUCGAUUGGUGCUACUACUUUCUGCAAUAUAUGGGAAACAAUCAUGUUUUGAGUGUUUGCAGGUCUAUUUUGACUCUGCAGGUUGGUGUUGUAAGUUUCAGGUUGGUGUAGUAAGUUUGUAACUUGUUAAGUUGUAUUCCUGG